GGUUUUAUUUUGAAAGAAAUGACCGGAAAAGUAAUUUCUUAACUGUGUGUGCUUUGACUGCGCUCAUGACAAGCCACUCAUUGAUGUAAGCAGCGCCCACGGCUUAAAUGAGCCUCGUUCAGGAGCAUUUCUUAGUUCAGACACGGACGGAGAUUAGACAGAGACGGACUCUCCUCCUUCUCCUCCUCUCCUCCUCCGUACUUUUCCUCCAUCUCUCUCUGUGUCUCUCUCUAUCCAUCAGCCAUCCAGAUGCGUCUUUUGGAUACCUACCUCUCCUAGAGCGCGUCUACCCGCCUGGAUCAGUCCAUCUCCACAUGUCAUCUGCACUGUGGUCCCACUGGAAGCUGUGUUUACAGUAACGAUGCCUGGCUGAAGGGCUCACACCAGUGUUCAUCUUCCAGCCCCACGCAGCGGAAUCGCCGAUUGAAGAGGAGCUUGGUGCCGCUGUCUUCUUGGAGCGUGGCUCUGCGUAAUGGAUUUACUGCUGGCGGAGAAAGAAAGUUGGAUUUUGUGAAGAGCCCCGAGGACCCCUACAAUGGACAGAAUAGGAGGGCGUUUUUAGAAAGGUGCUUUUGAGUUGGAAUCACACCGUGAGAGGAAAUGCACAGAGCGUGGAUACUCUUCUUUAUAAUAGAAGAGGGUUUCGCUCUGGCACAGAGAACUAAAGAGUCCCCGAGCGAACAUGGCGGCCAGAGCCCCAACCAGAAUGACUGUGGCACAUGGGUCCGUAACAUCAAUGGCGGCGUGUUCACAUCGCCAAACUACCCCAACACCUACCCACCCAACAAGGAGUGCGUUUACAUCCUGGAAGCUCUCCCCAGACAAAGGAUUCAGCUGGCUUUUGAUAAGAAUUACUACAUCGAGCCCUCGUUCGAGUGCCGCUUCGAUCACAUUGAAAUCCGUGAUGGGCCGUUUGGGUUCUCACCGCUCAUCGAUCGCUUCUGCGGGGGAAAGAACCCAGGACUGGUCACGUCAACGGGACGCUUCAUGUGGAUCAAGUUCACCAGUGAUGAAGAGCUGGAGGGCCUUGGCUUCCGCAUCAAGUACACCUUCAUUGCAGACCCUGAUUUCCAUCUGCACGUGGGCGGACUGCUAAACCCCAUCCCAGACUGUCAGUUUGAAAUCGGAGGAUGGGAUGGGAUCAUUCGCUCCAGUCAGGUGGAAGAGGAAGAACGAGUGAAGCCUGGUGAUGCUCUGGACUGUAUCUGGACCAUCAGGGCUCCUCCUCAGUCCAAGAUCUACCUGCGCUUCAUGGAGUACCAGAUGGAGCACAGUAAUGAAUGCAAGAAGAACUUUGUGGCUGUGUAUGAUGGCAGCAGUGCCAUCGAGAACCUCAAGGCCAAGUUCUGCAGCACCGUGGCCAAUGACGUGAUGUUGGACAACGGUGUGGGAGUCGUGCGGAUGUGGGCCGACGAGAAGAGCCGACUCAGCCGCUUCCGCAUGCUCUUCACUUCCUUUGUUGACCCCCCCUGUUCAGCCAAUACAUUCUUCUGCCACAGCAACAUGUGCAUUAACAACUCCCUGGUGUGCAAUGGGGUUCAGAACUGUGUCUACCCAUGGGAUGAAAACCACUGCAAAGAGAAGCGAUCUAAGGGGCUUUUCCAUCAGAUCACUAAGACCCAUGGCACUGUCAUUGGUGUCUCAUCAGGCAUCGUUCUGGUUCUUCUCAUCAUCUCCAUCCUGGUCCAAAUGAAGCAACCAAGGAAAAAGGUUGUAGCUCGCCGGCCUGGUGUUUUUAACAAGGCCGGAUUCCAAGAGGUCUUUGAUCCGCCUCACUACGAGCUGUUCUCUCUGCGAGACAAGGAGAUAUCCUCAGACCUAGCUGACCUCUCUGAGGAGCUUGACAGCUUCCACAAGCUGCGGCGCUCUUCCACCAUGUCCCGCUGCGUCCAUGAGCACCACUGCGGCUCCCAAGCCUCAGUAGCCACUGGUGGCGGCAGCAUGAAGCACAGCCGCACCACCCUGAGCUCUAUGGAGUUAUCCUACCACAACGACUUCUCCAAGCCACCACCCAUGAAGACUUUCAACUCCACAGCCAGCUACAAGAAGAGCUGCUAUGGCUACAAGCAACACUCACAGACUCACGACUGCGACCAGCAGGUCAUCGAGGACCGCGUCACAGAGGAGAUCCCGUGUGAGAUCUAUAGCCGUGGUGGAGGAGCAGCGGGAGGAGGAGCCACAGGUGGAGGGGCAGUAGGCGGAGCAUCAGGGAUAGCAGGAGGAGGGAUUGGAGGGCCAGUGGGGAUAACAGGAGGAGUGGCGAUGCCUGGAGGAAUGAGUAUGGCGGGAGUGGCCAUGGCAGGGCCUAGUGGCAUUGCUGGAGGUAUCGGCGGCGGGAUGGCAGGAGCCUGCGGAACCCUCAGUAUCCGUGGCAACAGCGCUCGUAACAGUACCACCAUAGUUGAUCCACAACAGCGCUCCAUGUCCAUGGACUUCUAGGUGGAGGGAGGAAGACAAGCAGAAAGAGAAAGCAGGCGGACCUUGCAUUUCACUCAUCCAGACAAGAGAGGGAAGAAGAGAAGACAGGAGAGGCACAAUAAUCCUAAAUUGAUCACUCCCUUUUCUUCUUCUACCAUUGCUCUCCAAGCAGUGUUAAUAGUAUUGUGGGUAGCACUUAAGGAUCUUUUCCACUCAUUGUCUCAUGUGGAGGUUUGGGCAGAAAGGGAGAUGAGAAAUAAGGGACCAGAAGAAGAGAGAAGCUGAGGAAAACAGUGGUUCUAUUUUUCAGAAAGGAUUUCAAAUGAAGGAAGCAUGGAGAUGUCUCUUCUCCAGUCUCCUACUCAUUUAAGCUCUCCCUCCAUCAGAGACUUACAGGAGAAUGUUCUCGCAUGCAGAUCCAGACUUCUCUCUGUUUGGUUGCCUAAAAGACCAGGAACCCACUCAGUUAUAGGGAGAGAGGAAGGUGGAGAGACUGAGUUUUUACAUUUAUUCACCUGACAUGCACAGAUAUAUGAUAUAUAGUGCGUCUUCUAAUAAUUUAUUUGAGUCUUUAUUUUUGUCAGUGUACUGUACUGUUAAAUCCAGUAUAUAUCCAGCCUCAUGAUGAUGCUUGGCUUUUAACUCUUUAAUCUUUUUCAAAUGUUGCUCAGAUGAUUUUAUGAAGAUGACUUAUCAAUGACGUGGUGUUGAUGAUAAUGAGGUUGAUGAUGAAGUUGCUGUUGUUGAUGAUGAUCAGAAAUAUGAUGAUGAUGAUGAUGAUGAUGAUGAUGAUGGUGAUGGCAAUGAUAAUAAUGUGAUCUUACAAUAAUAAGUAUGUAUUUUUCAUGGUUACCUCACACAUACACAGAGGGAACGCUCCAUUCAGUCUCUCCUCAGGAAGAGCACAUGAAGAGACUGUCUUAUUUUGGUAAGGAAUAGAGAAGAAAAGACUAUUUCUGCUCUGUGAGCUUUAUAGCAAAUGGGCAUUCAGGCAAUAAGUGAACGUUUGUGGAGUUCGAAAUGUUUUGGUUGUGAAGCCUGGACUGAAUCGAAAAAUAGCAACCAUCCCGCUCCCAAACCCCACCCUUACCAGGAGAAAAUGUAAUUGUUCAAUUUAUCCAUGAACUGAGUGUUUAAAACAAGCACAACCUGUUUCCCUAAAGAGACAGACAUGUAGCUUAUAUGGGACUCAUUUAUUAUUUUAACCAAUGGUUGUAUAAUUUCAUUCUGUUGAAUUAAAUGAGAGCUUACUCACC